AAAAAAAAAAAUCUAGAGAGAGAAAGAGAAGGAGAGAGAGAGAGAGAGAGAGAGAGAGAGAGAGAGCGAUCGCGUGGGCGCUUCUCGAAGCUCCUGCUGUACACGGAUCUCGGCGCAGCAGCCAUGGCGUCGGAGCUCCAACCCUCGGAGAACGGGGUCGAGGGGGACGACGAGAGGGAGGAGGAGGACGACGACGAGGAGGAGGAGGAAGAGGAGGAGGAGGAGGAGGAGGAGGAGGAGCAUGUAGAGAACAGGGGAGAGGAGGAGGCGGAAGAGGACGAGGAGGAGCCGAGGCUCAAGUACCAGAGAAUGGGGGGGAGCGUUCCCCCCCUCCUCUCCACCGACGCCGCCGCGUCCAUCGCCGUCGCCGAGCGCAUGGUCGCCCUCGGCACCCACGACGGCACCGUCCACAUCCUCGAUUUCCAGGGCAAUCAGGUCAAAGAAUUUGCUGCUCAUACCGCUACAGUCAACGACCUUAGCUUUGAUGCAGAAGGUGAAUUUAUUGGUAGCUGCUCAGAUGAUGGAUCUGUAGUUAUAAGCAGCCUUUUUACGGAUGAAAAAUUGAAAUUCGAGUAUCAUCGGCCUAUGAAAGCAAUAGCUCUAGACCCUGACUAUUCACGGAAAUCCUCAAGAAGGUUUGUCGCGGGUGGUUUAGCUGGUCAACUAUUUCUCAACAUGAAGAACUGGCUAGGUUAUAAUAAGCAGAUUCUGCAUGACGGUGAGGGUCCAAUUCAUACCGUGAAGUGGAGAACAAGUCUUAUUGCUUGGGCUAAUGAUGCAGGAGUAAAAGUUUAUGACAUGGCAAAUCAUCAGCGAAUUUCUUUUAUUGAGAGACCGAGGGGAAUCCCCCGUCCAGAGCUUUUACUUCCUCACUUGGUGUGGCAGGAUGACACUCUCUUGGUCAUUGGCUGGGGAACGAGUGUAAAGAUUGCUGCCAUUAGAGCUAAUUCUCCCAAUGGUGUGAAUGGUGUACGGACAAAUAUUUCCAUUUCAAGUACUAAGUAUGUGGAUAUUGUGGCAUCUUUUCAAACUAGUUACUACAUUUCUGGUAUUGCUCCAUACGGCGAUGCUUUAGUAGUACUAGCAUACAUCCCGGAUGAGGAAAAUGGAGAAAAGGAUUUCAGUACAACUGUCCCAUCACGGCAGGGAACUGCACAAAGGCCAGAAAUACGAAUUGUCACAUGGAAAAAUGAGGAACUAACAACUGAUGCUUUACCUGUUCAUGGCUAUGAACAUUAUAAGGCAAAAGAUUAUGCUCUUGCACAUGCUCCAUUCACAGGAAGCAGCUAUGCUGGUGGUCAGUGGGCUGCUGGUGAUGAACCUCUCUAUUAUAUCGUAUCUCCCAAAGACAUAGUGAUUGCGAGGCCUAGAGAUGCUGAAGAUCACAUAGCUUGGCUUCUUCAUCAUGGUUGGCAUGAAAAGGCAUUAGCUGCAGUUGAAGCGGGACAGGGACGGACUGAACUUCUUGAUGAGGUGGGAUCAAGAUACCUUGAUCAUCUAAUUGUUGAAAGGAAAUAUGCAGAAGCUGCAUCUUUGUGUCCUAAGUUACUCCGUGGAUCCGCUUCAGCAUGGGAAAGGUGGGUUUUUCACUUUGCCCAUCUGCGCCAGCUUCCUGUGUUGGUUCCUUACAUUCCUACAGACUAUCCUCAGCUGAGUGAUACUGCAUAUGAGGUUGCCCUUGUUGCAUUGGCUACUAACCCGCCAUUUCACAAACUUCUCUUGUCAACUGUUAAAUCGUGGCCGCCUACAUUAUAUUCUGUAUCACCUGUUAUUUCUGCCAUUGAGCCACAAAUGAAUACCUCCUCUAUGACUGAUAAUUUGAAAGAGGCAUUAGCUGAAUUAUAUGUGAUCAAUGGACUGUAUGAGAAAGCCUUUGGUUUGUAUGCUGAUGUAUUGAAGCCUGACGUUUUCAAUUUUAUUGAAAAGCACAGUUUAUAUCAUGCCGUUCAUGACAAGGUGGUUGAUCUUAUGAUACUUGACAGUAAAAGAACGGUUCUUUUAUUGAUCCAACACCGUGAUAUAAUUCCUCCAUCUGAAGUUGUCGGGCAGCUUUUGCAGUCCAAUAAAAAGUGUGACAAGAGAUAUUUCUUGCAUCUUUACUUGCAUUCCCUUUUUGAGGUUGACAUUAAUGCUGGAAAAGAGUUCCAUGAUAUGCAGGUAGAGCUUUAUGCAGAUUACGAAUCACGAUUGCUACUCCCUUUUCUUCGUACCAGUCAGCAUUACAGGCUAGACAAGGCUUAUGAAAUUUGUGCUAGGAAAGAGCUCAUAAGAGAGCAAGUCUUUGUCCUUGGUAGGAUGGGAAAUGCAAAACAGGCCCUUGCUAUUAUUAUAAAUAAGUUGGAGGACAUACAGGAGGCUGUAGAAUUUGUGACCGAUCAACAUGAUGAUGAACUAUGGGAGGAGUUAAUCAGGCAAUGCCUUCAGAAGCCUGAAAUG